UGCUGUGGUGUCGUCGUUGGAGCGUUGUCCCGGCGUUCCUCGUUCAACGUGCGCGCGUACGUUUUUUCGCGAUUUCUGUUAAUAUGUUUUUUGUCAUUUAAAUCCUCAUGAUUUGAAAAAUGAAUGAUGACUUCGUCAUAUAAUAUAUAAUUUAUGUAUUAUACAAGCGAUAUAUUCUCUCAAACUGCACUUUCAGCCGAUCGUUUGGCUUGCAAUAAAACGUAUUUAAAUUUUUUCUUUUUUGGACGCGUAUACGCUGCCACCACCAUCGCAGUCGGAGUGUUUCGAUUCUUGUUAUCAUAUUUGUGUCAUUGUCACGGGUUCCGCGCGUCCUCUGCGUGGCGGCCGUUUAAGGACGUACAGGUGUUUAUUGAACUGCUCAAAGUGGAAUCCACCGCAAAAAAAUAACUACGUAACAAUCGAUCAAACACUAUGAAUCGGAGACGGAAGGCAUAUACAGCUGGUGAAUUAUGAUUUGACUUCAGACUGCUGUGCCAACGAUGAAAGAUGGAGUCGUUAUGGAUCCCGUCGUUCUGGAAGAGGCUCAGCAGCUCUUGUCGCCUGCUUCUUGGACUAAAGGGGAUAUUUGUCCUAAGAAUGCCAGAAAACGUUACAAUGUCACCAUACUGGAACUGAACCCGGUCGUGGGUCGCGAUGACGUCGUCGUGGACCACUGCCGGAGGAGAGAGAGCAGUACUAGUAGCGGUGGUGUUAAUGACGUGUUGCAAUCGUCCUGCAGUGUCGUGGACCCGAGAACGCUGGUUGCUACCGAGAGGGCGGGAUCGUCAUGGGAAAACCGCUACAUGUGCAAGGAACACCGCCGGGCUGGAGCGACGUUCCAGGGAAAGGUGUACAAUUUUUUAGAAAGGCCAUCCGGGUGGAAAUGUUUCGUAUACCACUUCACCGUGUUCAUGGUUGUAUUGGUAUGCUUGAUUUUCAGCGUGCUAUCAACGAUCGACGAAUAUUCCGGGUUUGCGAACGAGACUCUAUUUUGGAUGGAAAUAUGUCUGGUCGUGUUCUUCGGCGUCGAGUAUAUGAUACGAUUAUGGUCGGCGGGUUGCAGGUCCAAGUACAUGGGCACUUUCGGCAGGUUUCGUUUCGUCCGGAAACCCAUAUGCAUCAUCGAUCUAAUCGUUGUCGUGGCGUCAAUUGUGGUCUUAUCGAUUGGUUCCAAUGGACAGGUGUUUGCCACAUCAGCGAUUAGAGGCAUUAGGUUUCUACAAAUAUUGAGAAUGCUUCACGUGGACCGUCAAGGUGGUACAUGGCGGCUUCUCGGCUCAGUUGUAUUUAUUCAUAGACAAGAGCUCAUUACUACAUUGUACAUAGGAUUUUUAGGUUUAAUAUUUAGCAGCUACUUUGUUUACCUCGCUGAAAAAGAUGCGGUCAGUAAGGACGGGAAAUCGAGAAAUGAUUUUUCCAGUUACGCCGACGCGCUCUGGUGGGGAGUGAUCACUGUUACGACAAUAGGUUAUGGUGAUGCAGUACCUCAGACGUGGAUCGGCAAGAUCGUAGCCUCGUGUUUCAGCGUAUUCGCGAUUUCGUUUUUCGCUUUACCAGCUGGCAUAUUGGGUUCCGGGUUUGCGUUGAAAGUACAGCAAAAACAACGGCAAAAGCAUUUCAACCGGCAAAUACCUGCGGCUGCAAUGCUUAUACAAUGCCUGUGGAGGUGCUACGCGGCGGAUAAAUGUUUCAACAGCCAAGCAACUUGGGACAUUUACAUCAAGGAACCGGGACACCAAAAAGACAACUCGUCAUUGAGCAAAUCUUUGAUCAUGCAAGUAGCGAAACGUGCCAGUGUCUUGAAGCGGAAGAGAUCAAAAAGUAAAAUGGACACAUCCGGAACAACAAAUAAUAAUAGGGAUUGCCCGCAAGCUCAAACUUUACCCCCACCGCCUAGAAGGGACAGUGACGGCGAAGUCGUUUUCUACAUAGAAGAACCUAAAGCGACCACUCCAAAUCGUGUGAGGAGAGAAGCUAGAGGAUAUGUCAGCCAAACAAGUUCCGUAACGGAAGCUGCCAGCGAUGAAGUCGACUUGGAAAUGGAACCAGAACGAGUGACCACGUUAACAGACGUACACAAAAAUGCUAUUCGAGCCAUUAGAAAAAUCAAGUAUUUUGUAGCCAGAAGAAAAUUUCAACAAGCUAGAAAACCAUAUGAUGUGCGUGAUGUUAUCGAACAAUACAGCCAAGGUCAUUUAAAUAUGAUGGUUCGGAUAAAGGAAUUGCAAAGAAGGUUAGAUCAGACGCUCGGAAAACCAGGCAGCUACCUAGCAGGAAUUGACCGAGCAGGCAAUGUUAAACCUAUGACAAUUGGUGCUCGUUUGUAUAGGCUAGAACAGCAGCUAUCCAUUAUGGACAAGAAGCUGGAUCAGUUGGUGUACCUUUUAAACGUCCAGACGCACAGACAACAGUUUCCGGCUUUAGAAGAACAAGUUUAAACGUUUUUAAAAAGAUUAUCAAAACGUCUCCUUUUCAUAGAUCACCCGACCAAUGUUAUUAUUUUAUUAAGGAACAAAAUAAACUUCUUAAAAUCACACAAAAUUAAUGUACACACAUAUCCGUUCGACUAAAAAAACUUUAUCCUUUCGAUGACGUGGACCACAUUAUUGGUUGUUGAAUGACAAAAACUAUAAUAAUAACAAUAAUAAUACUAUUUAGAUGAAAAUAAAUAUUUUUAUGAGAACCCUUGUCUGAAACAUUCUUACGACGGAACCUAAUUUUAGGCUAAUGCACAAUAAAAUAUAAUAUAUUAUAAUUAUAUAUAAUUAUCGUUAAAUAAAUCUAA